GCCUCUCCUGCAAGUCACCGACAGAGAGAACAAUUGUACUGGUACAGUACACGUUAUCCUCGAUUCGACCGCUACAUUGUAUCCCGUUACCACCCCGCAUUCCCUGAAUACUACGCCAAUCGUGCAACUCGACAAGAACCUCCCUUUCAUUACUUUUUGCCAUUCAAGCGCGUCUUCCUUCCUACCUUCCUUUUCUGACUAAUUUCAACUCUUCCUAAGCUUUCUCUACGCAGUAAUAUGCCUAUUCUUACGGCCCGCACACUUUCAUCGUCCAAUCCCAACAACACAUCAAAGGGGACUCUUUCUCGCGUAACCUCUUUCAAACGCAGUUGGGGAGAGGAGGAUGGACCAGAGUCUAGUCAACUGGAUUGGAGUCCAAGCCCAGAAAUCGUCCAAAGAAAAGGCAAUAUACUGCCAUCUUCAGGCCCUUUGCAGUCCACAACAACUUCGCCCAGUCUUCCAGAAUCUGCCGCAAAAGAAAUUGCGUCUCAAAGACGUCGCAAAGCUAUUCUUGCUGCAUUAAAUCAAAACAAAGAGACCGUAUAUGCCUCUCCAGUUCUCGACUGGCGUUCAGGGCAAACAUCAUCUACUUUUGCCUCGCCUCAAGACAUCAAUUGUGAUAUUUCAGUUCCAUCCGUCGCAACUCAUUGCCCUGGCUCUUCCAUACGUCAUGUGAACCAAACACUCCCGUCUUUGCCAAAACGGCCGCUACCUUGGGAGGGAGAUCAGAAGGCUCGCAAGAAAGUUUACACCCAAACCAGUUUGACGCCAAAGGAAAACGCUCAGCCCAAAUCGACAAGCUCUGCCCUCAACAUCAAACAGCGUGUGACCCUUAGCGAAGAACAGCAGAAGGUCUUGAGUCUGGUAGUACAGCAGCAGAAAAACGUGUUUUUCACAGGCAGUGCAGGUACCGGUAAAUCUGUUCUACUACGGGAAAUUAUCCACAGUUUACGAAACAAAUACGCCAGAAACCCAGAUGCUGUUGCAGUAACAGCCUCGACAGGAAUUGCAGCUUGCAACAUCGGUGGAGUGACCUUACAUUCAUUUGGUGGCGUUGGGCUUGCAACAGAUACGCCAGAAAUACUUCUCAGGAAGCUCAAAAUGAACAAAAAGGCAUCAGGAAGAUGGACGAAAACAAAGGUAUUAAUUAUCGACGAAGUGUCUAUGGUAGAUGGGGCUAUGUUUGACAAAUUUUGCAAACUCGGGCAACUAAUUCGUAAAAAUAGCAAACCUUGGGGAGGUAUACAAAUCAUUGUGACGGGGGACUUCUUUCAAUUACCUCCUGUGACUAAGAACGGAGGUAUGCCCAAAUUUGCUUUCGAAGCGGAGAUGUGGGAUGAGACAAUUCAUCUAUCUGUGAAUCUAACUAAGGUAUUCCGUCAGAAGGACCAAAGAUUCGUUGACAUGCUCAACGAGAUGCGUUUUGGUCGCCUUUCUAAUGAAUCAAUCAUCGCCUUCAAAUCACUUGCACGUCCCCUCAAAUUUAAUGAUGGAAUUGAACCCACCGCCCUCUUCCCUAGACGCGAAGAUGUUGACCGCGCCAAUUUAUCACGCCUCAAUCAGCUUGAUUCCGUCGGCUUCACUUACCAUUCUAUCGAUGGGGGCAGUGCAGAAGCAAAUCAACGCGAGAAACUCCUUUCCAAUUUCAUGGCACCCAAAAUAAUUGAACUCAAGGAGAACGCACAGGUCAUGUUAGUCAAAAAUCUAGACGAGACCCUUGUAAAUGGUUCAAUGGGCAAAGUGAUUGGAUUCACUUACAAAAAUAUGUUCCAAUGCGACGAUUUGGGCAAAUGGACACCUGACGCUGACCUGAAAGAUUUGGAAGAAGAGGAUAAGAUGAAAAGUUUAGCAGUCAGACAGGCAUUGAGAGAUAAGUACCAAGCCAAAGGGGCAAAUCCGUUGCCGGUAGUGCGUUUUAAGGUGCCUGGAGGCGGCACAAGGGACGUUCUGAUGGAAAUGGAUGUCUUUAAGGCGGAACUGCCAAAUGGGGAAGUGCAGGCGUCGCGAUCACAGUUGCCACUGAUCCUUGCGUGGGCCAUGUCCAUACACAAAUCGCAAGGACAAACCCUUGAUCGUGUGAGAGUCGACCUCGGCAAGGUCUUUGAAAAGGGCCAAGCGUAUGUGGCCCUUUCCCGAGCAACAUCUCUGGAAGGAUUACAGGUUACAGGAUUUACGGCAGAAAAGGUGAUGGCCCAUAAGAAGGUUGCCGUCUGGUCCAGCACUCUCAAGGAUCUGAAUCUCGUAUAAUUUCACCUUUUAUGUCUGUAUGUCAAACUGGUAUUACAAUUCACUCGUUAUCCCUUUCAUUUGGCUACUUUUCAUCGUAAUCUAUGAGUUUUGUGUACACGCUGUGCAUGCUGUCUCAGUGCAGUGCUGCUGCUGCUCUUUUGCGGCGGAAUCCCAAUGGUCAUUAUUUAUUUGGCCUCGACAGUGGAUUAUGUGGUUCAACUCGCGAUGAAAGACGAGACUGCAUAAGUCCAGUACCCUAUCACGUUGCUCUAGGCUACUAUAGUGUCAUGAAACUAUCGAUUGUC